AGCAGCAGCAGCGGCAGCGGCAGGAAGAAAAAGAAAAAUCCUCAUUUUGAAGAGACUUUUCUAAAUAAGAAGUAGAAGAAAUGGCCACCAAGGAAAAGCUGCAGUGUUUGAAAGAUUUCCACAAGGACAUCUUGAAACCAUCCCCUGGCAAGAGUCCAGGAACCCGGCCUGAGGAUGAGGCUGAAGGGAAGCAACCACAGAGGGAAAAGUGGUCAAGCAAGGUUGACUUUCUGUUGUCCGUGGCGGGUGGCUUCAUCGGUUUAGGUAACGUCUGGCGUUUCCCGUAUCUCUGCUAUAAAAAUGGUGGAGGUGCAUUUCUUAUACCUUACUUCAUUUUCUUGUUUGGGGGUGGCUUGCCCGUGUUUUUCCUGGAGGUUGCUCUAGGCCAAUACACCUCCGAAGGUGGAAUUACUUGCUGGAACAAGAUCUGCCCUUUUUUUAGUGGAAUUGGUUAUGCCUCCAUCGUGAUUGUGACCCUCCUGAACAUCUAUUACAUCGUCAUUCUGGCAUGGGCAACCUACUACCUGUUUCACUCAUUUCAGAGUGAGCUCCCUUGGUCCCUCUGUCAUGAGUCAUGGAACACUCCAAAUUGCUUGGAAGACAACCUGCGGAAUAACAAGACAGUCAUGGCGAAUUUCAAUGCCACCAACGUCACCUCGCCCGUCACCGAAUUUUGGGAGCGCAAUGUGCUGAACUUGUCCAAGGGAAUUGACCAUAUUGGCCAAUUGAAGUGGGACCUGGCCCUCUGCCUCCUCUUGGUCUGGAUCAUUUGUUUCUUCUGCAUUUGGAAAGGAAUCAAGUCAACUGGGAAAGUUGUAUACUUCACAGCUACAUUCCCCUUUCUCAUGCUUCUUGUGCUGUUAAUACGUGGAAUCACCCUUCCUGGAGCUGCCUCUGGCAUCAAGUUUUAUUUGUACCCUGAUGCCGGUCGUCUGUUGGAUCCACAGGUCUGGAUUGAUGCUGGGACCCAAAUCUUCUUUUCCUAUGCUAUUUGCUUGGGGGCAAUGGUCUCGCUGGGAAGCUAUAACAACUACAAAUACAACUGCUACAGGGACUGUAUGCUGCUGGGAUGCCUGAACAGUGGUACCAGUUUUGUGUCUGGCUUCGCAAUUUUUUCCGUCCUGGGCUUCAUGGCACAAGAACAAGGGGUGGACAUUGCAGAUGUGGCCGAGUCAGGUCCAGGCUUGGCCUUCAUUGCCUACCCGAAAGCUGUGUCAUUGAUGCCGCUGCCCAUGUUUUGGGCCAUUCUUUUUUUUAUUAUGCUUCUGUUGCUUGGACUGGAUAGCCAGUUUGUUGAAGUUGAAGGUAUGAUCACAUCAUUGGUUGAUCUGUACCCAUCCUUCCUAAGGAAGGGUUACCAUCGGGAAAUAUUCAUUGCUAUAGUGUGUCUCGUUAGCUACCUUGUGGGCCUUUCUAUGGUGACUGAAGGUGGCAUGUAUGUGUUUCAACUCUUUGACUACUAUGCAGCUAGUGGUGUAUGCCUUUUGUGGGUUGCAUUCUUUGAAUGUAUUGCUGUUUCCUGGGUAUAUGGCGCUGAAACUCUUUAUGAUCACAUUGAAGAUAUGAUUGGAUAUAGACCUGGGCCCUGGAUGAAAUGGAGCUGGUAUGCAAUCACACCAAUUCUUUGCGCUGGAUGUUUCGUCUUCUCUCUGGUUGUACAUAUACCACUGACCUACAACAAGGUGUACACCUACCCUCAAUGGGCCAUUGGCCUCGGCUGGUGCAUGGCCCUCUCUUCCAUGUUAUGCAUCCCCUUCUUUGCGAUUUACCGGUUGAGCAAGGCAAGAGGAUCACUCAUGGAGAGAUUUAGGGAAACGAUUACCCCGAAACCCAUGCCACAGUGGUCCCGUGACUCCGAAGGGGCCACACCAUUCUGUUCCAGGAGCAAUUCAAAUGGCAACAUCAUGAAACCCACCCAUAUCGUCGUGGAGACCAUGAUGUGAGCUCUCUCUGUGAGAGGAGAAACCUGCUUUAACUGCCGUUUACUAACCUUAGAUUCUCAUAGUACCAGGUUUACAGAGCUUUCUAUUUGCACUAGGAUUGGAUUUUUUUUUUUUUGUUUUUUUUUUCCCUUGUUUGUUUUUUCAUUCUCACAGAGAAAGUUAUUUUUCGUGUGUGCGUGCGCGUGUGUGUGUUGUAUUUUUUUUUAAGACUAUUUUAUAAGGUAACCACAUGCAGGCGUCUCCAAGGAGACUGAGCUUUCAUAUCAAAUUAGAUGUAUUACAGGAAUUUGUUAAUUUUUUUAUGUCAAGCUAUGAUUAUAUACCUUUACCACUUGAAUCGAUCUUCUUGCCAGCAAUAUAUUCAGUUUCUAAAGCAAUCUCCAGGUGCUGGUGUGGUUGGGAGAUGGAUCAUACACAAGAGCUCUAGGGUAAACUUUGUCCCAAAGAACAAAAAGGAAGACUAUUCUGAGCAUUUCAAAGGUGUAGUACCUUCUGAGUGUGGUUCAGACAGGAACAAAAAUGGCAGGUGGAGAGGACCGGGCCAGCCAGCCAGUCAUGUUGGCCAUGGUGAAAAGUGAAGGAGGCAUUGGAAAUGAAGCCAAUAAAAGCUUGGAUAUUGGAGCUUCAUUAUCCUUGUGUUGUAGCUGAGGAGAGAGAUGCACACACACAAAAGCUAACACUGAGAAUGAAACGGGAACCUCCAACCCUCAUAAAAGCAACAAAAGAAGUGGCCUUCUCUUAGAGUUUACGCCAGAGGUAUAGCCACUGAAGACUUUCUAAGAGUAGUAAGCACCUCUAUUUCAGCUAAUUUUUUUUAAUAAAGUCAAAAAAUGGAAUGAUAAACUAGACUUUGGGAAAUUCUCAUUGUUUAAAAAAAAAAAGCCACCCUACAGUCUCAAAGAAUUCAAUACAGCAAUCAUGUUUUAAAAUGAGAAACCAGUAAAGGAGUUUAUAGCCCUCUGAUAUAGACUAUAACUCAUCAGUGGCAAAGAUUUUUCCCUCCCUUGAGUUUUGCCUAGUAAGCCAUUUUGUUGGGUUGUCUCCACCCAUCCCAAUGGAAUUAGGCUCUCCAGCCUUUCUGACCGAGCCUGGGCAUAAAAGAUGGCAAGUUGCAGGGACCAGAACUCUUGGUAGGGUUUUGGUGGCAACUGUCAGGCUGACCCACUACCAAUUUUUGGGCCAUUCUAGAAUUGCUCAUCCACAUUCAGCCUUGAUCUUCAAAUAAUUGGCUUUCUUCUAGUGUGCUCAGGUUCCAGGAAGCCCUAAGGAGAGGUCGUCUUUGCUGAAUCAUUGGGGAACACCUUGCUUCUUGAAGGGUUUUGUUUCAGCUACAGGGUCCAUAUUUGCUUCCAUAAUAUCUCCUUUUUGUUGUUUUUUUUCCAAUUUGUUUUUUUUUUUGUUUAUUUUUUUUAAUGGAAACAUACCUGGUUCUUGACAUUCCUAAAAAUCAUAAAUCUCUACCCACCAUUGUGGUGUGGCCUUCUUAAACCAAAUCAUACAUUUGAUGAGUCACUGAGAUACAGGGAUGAGGGAGAAGAGUGCAAGUGGACCAAAGAAAGUUUAAUGUGUGCAAUUGGGACCUGCCUUGGGUUGGGGGUUUUCGAGUCAGGUUUUAGGGAAAUGGCAGUCACUAAAAACCAAUGUGCUGUUACUCUUUCUAGCAUUUCCCAGUCUUAUCUCUUCAACCUCCUCUUUCCACCUCCAAGUAUUUAUGUUUAAAAGAUGUGGAAAUGGAAUCCUCCCACCACAGUCUAUAACUAAGUCUUCUUGGAGUUAGGAGUCGGGGAAGGCACCUACUUACCUUAUGCCCCAGCAAUUAGUGAUACACUUUGGCAGAGUCAAUUCCUUACCUCCUGGAUGUUUGUGUUGUCCACUGGACACCUAUCCAUAUCCAGCCACAGCCCAAACAGGGAGAUAGCAUGUGGAUUGCAACUUAGCCUUCUAGGCAGUGAUGCUAAAAGAAUCUUUCUUAGAAGUAAACCUCUGGUUUGCCUGUGCCCUUGGCCCUGCCUAGACCCAGAGAAAAGGGAGAUUUCCACGUCAUGGGGUAAUAACCAUGGUCCAUGUCACAGUACCAGGAUGGGACGUGGGAGCAGGCGUGCAGUCUUAAUUUCCAUCCUAAAGUGAAAGUCCUUGGCAGCCCUUGUUAGAUGCUACAGUAGCAAAACGCUAAUUUUUAGGAUGCUACCUGUGUUGUUUACACAUACACUACAUAGCUAUAACAAUAGAUGGAGGGAAGUGGGAGAGGGAGAAAGGGAAGAACUAGGGGAUAGGACAAUGAAGAAAAAUGUUUAGGUAUUAAGAUUUUCAGUGGGGCCAACACCCCAACAAAAUAUUUCCCCAACUCCCCAUAGGGUGAAUAAUUAUGUUCCGCCAUGAACCAGAGGAUGUGGUACUACACUUUUAAAAUCAUCACUAAGGAGACACCAGCCCCAUUUGUAACUUGAACUGUGCCAUUCAAAUCAAUUGCUUCCAAGUUCAGAGUAUAUUACCAAAAACAAACAAAAAAAAAAGGGUUUCUUAAGUGUCACACACAUAUGCAAUGACCUCAUUGUAUGAAGUGAAGUGUAUGAAGUGAAGUGUUUUUUGUUUUGUUUCUGUUUUUCCUGGGAUAAGGUACUCUGGCCCUGGUGGAAGAGUUCAGCCUGGUUACGUAGACAAGGCUGGAUUCUCAGAGAGCAGGUUCUCACUAAGAAAACCUACCCUCCAUCCCUGACUCCAAACACAGAGAGCUGUUUGGAGCAUGUCCUCUUGGACGGGUGGUGGAGGGGAGAGGGCAGUGCUUUUCAAAUACUCUUAUCUGUUCUAAAUGUCACCCAUUAGAAAUCCACACAACCCCUAAAAUGAUAUUCUGCCAAAUGUAACUCAUAAUCCAAACUCUUUAACAAUUCUAUUAUGUUUGUAUUUUUCUAAGUAUUUAUGAUUGUAAGUGUGUUUUCCCCCUGCCCCCCAGAUUUCCUUUGUAGAAAUGUGAUCUCUGUUGUAUACGACUUUAGUGAAUUAACCAUUCAGCAUGAUUGGGGAUGGGUGAAAUAAUUUGUAAAAAGUUGCCCCUCCUGCCACCCCUUUCACCCUCCAAAACCAGAUCUGAACCUAGUCAGCCACUGCUUUUUGGCCUUCAUCCUGGCUAGGAAGUAGAAACAUGGGGUGGAAAAUGGCGGUAUUCUGAACCCUUCCUAAAUUAGCACAUUCUGCGACUGGCCUGAGAAAGGUCUCAUCUUUCAAGAUCCUCAGGCCAGCCAUUUUUCUAGACCAAAGAUUUCUAGACAAAGCUCUCAGCCAGCAUCUGGACGACUGGCUACUCCAGCUGAUGACAUUUUCAGAAACCUUUAUUAUUUCACCCAUCAUCAAACAUGAUCUCUCUCUUAUGACUAUUCUGUCUGUAUAGAACACGACUCCAUGGAUAAUAUGUGUAAUAAUGGUCAACUUUUAUAUAUUCAUUUAUCUACAUAAAUCAAACUUUAAUUAGCAUUCUGAUGAGUCUGGUCCAACUAUGUCUAAGUACGUGAAAUAUGGGCCCUCUGAAUGGUGAGAGGCCCAGAUGCGGUUGAAACACCAUUUUUCAUGGAACUUAAACCAAAGGAAUGCACUGCCUUCACCAUUUUUUCUCCCUACCUUUCUAGGGAGAUGCCCCAGGUUGUAAGACCUUGGAGGGUAAGAAGAGAAUAAUUGGUAGGAAAGGAAUAAAAAAAAGAUAAAAGAAGCCUUUGGAAUCAAAGGAGAGACGCUUGGAUGAAUAUUAGCUGAAAUGAACUUGAUCGAAUGAGAUGAGUAUCUUUCUCUUCAGAGAGGGUCCAAAGAUUCAUAGAAUAUAAGAGAUGGAAGGACCUUGAGGAUGAUCCAGCCCAGUCCCUCAUUGGACAGAGGAGGGAACUAAGGCUCAAAGGAGGUAGUAACUUGAUCAAUGACCACAUCAAAUCAGUGGUAGCCCGGUGGUUCUAGAACUUAGAUUCUCCCAUCUCCUAUCAUCCUAGUGCUGAGCUUUUUAAUUUUUUUUCCACCACUCUACCUUCAUCCUCAUGGUAAUUGAUGCUUGGGCCUCAUCUGAAAUCUAAAUUAAUAUAGAACAAUACAAUUCUCCUGUUUAAUUGGUCUUGCAAAUACUUUCUUGUCUGCUAUCACCAAAUGUUAUUAAAAUGGGAUCAAGACAAGUUGAAAAAUUAGUUGACAAAAUUAAAAUAUCUGUAAAAAGCCUGGGAAGUUGAGAGUUGGAAGGACCCAUAAGAACAUCGAAUCUUAGAGUCAAAAGAGACUUGAGAGCAUAAACUUGUUAGCACUAGAAGGAGUGUUAGGACAGUGAAUGCUAGAACUGAAAGAAUUCUUUGAAUCUCAGAGGGUCAGUGCUAGAAAAGAACAUUUUUUAAGAGGAGAAACGGAAGGUCUCAAAAAAAGAAGGGACUCACCAAAGGUUUCACAAGUGGCAAGCAGAGUGCCCGACUCCACCUAUAAUACCUUAAUCCUUAUUAUUUACUCCUAUUAGAAGAAUCAGAAGUUAUAUCCUUCUUCCUCAUGCUUCUUCAUUUGACAUUUAAAUUGAGUCAAAGAUAGCAAAGUCCCAUCCAACUCAUAGACUAGAUUUCACAUCUAUCAAGUGUGUCAAGAUGGAUGUUGAAUUAGAGGGACUCUUUUCUUUUUUAUUUCUUAGAAAGGAGGGUGCCAAGCAGCAAACAGAGAAGGAAGAUGCUUGCCUUUGCUACUUCCCUCACAUUGAGAAUCCUGGCAAAACCCAGAGAGAAUAGUGUAGUGUUCCUAUUAUGACAAGCAAAUCUUAAAGAAUGAUCUGCUGUUGGGGAUCUACUCAUCAUCCCUCAGGUCCCCUCCAGCUUAACAAGCAGUAUGAUUCUGUGACUUGCUGGGCCCUUCCUUGAAGCUAAUUAUUCAUGAUUUAAGUUUUUCCCAGGGAUGCUCAUUCCUUCCCACAAUCCUACCAAACAUGGUAAAUCAGAGAAUCAUCUUUUGCAGAAAUUAGAACAAACAAUAAAUGUAUUCAAAUAAGGUCCAAAAUAGCUCAAAUACCAAGAAGGAAACAGUAGUGGUGAAAACAAAAAAGCCUGAGAAACAUUUGAAGAAAAGGUUGGAAUUGGAGGAUAGCAAAUGUGAAGAGUGGAGAGCUAUAGCUCCCCUUUGGCCGAUCCCAUUCAUUUGUUUUGCAAUGAGGUGCUGAUUUUGAUCUACACAUCUCUAUACAUGUGGACCUGUUCUCAGUUCAAGUUCACUGCCCACUGGAAAUAGCCAUGCAGCUGCCAGAUUUUUCUAUAGACACUUCUCAGAGAUUAUAGAGCUUUGGUGGGAUCCUUUCCCAUGCUCCCUUUACACCUCUGCUGCUUCUCAAACUCCUUCCAUUGGCUUCCUAUCCUGACCCACAGACCCUCUAAUGAUCCCACCACCCUCAGCUUUUUCAUAUCUCCUCCCUUUCUUUAAGGCAACAAAUAACUGGCAAGUUGUAUUGCUCCGAGUAUUCUCUUCAGUGCUAGUGGGCCUGUGCCCACCCACCUUUGCCCUCAGGGCUCCCUUCUUUGUCCUUGUGUUUUUAAGAGGUCAUGGACCCAUUAAGGGUCUCAAAUGACAGACAGGGACACACAGGCAGAGCUUUUGAAGCAAACCCCAACCAGCAUCUCCAGGUGUGCUUUCAAUAGUGAGUGAGGGAAGACCCCGUCAAGUAAGGGGCCUAAAUAUCUACCCCACUGGACAUUCACCAUUCAGCAAGGAUCAGACUCAGAAUGGACAAAGGUCCCCCCAGAGAGGGGGACCCAAGGCACAAAGCAAGCAUGAAACUGAACUGAUAUAGACCUCUUUUAGCAUGUGACCAGGUUUUAGGAAAUCUCAAUUUUGGAAUCAGAUUCUGUGUGGGUGUUGUAAAUAAUUUUGUGUCUGACAAAAAAGCAAACAAAAAACAAAAACAGGAGGAAAAUACUCAAAUCUUGGAGGAUUUGGGGGCCAAUCGGAGACAGAGAAUCACAGACUCUGAGGGCAGAAAACUAAUCCAUUUAUUCCUCACUACAAGAAACACCAGGAGGUGUCCUCCCUGGGUGCUGGAGGCAGCCAGGUCAAGUUUUCCCUGGGAUGCCUGUUUCAAAAGGAAGCCGUUCCUCAUUGUUGUAUUGUGAAUGUUACCACUGAUGCUUCCAGAGUUUUGCUACAUCAGAUGUGACAUCUCGUCUAUGUAUCUGGCUUAAAAAAACAAAUGUGGGUUCCUUUAAAAAAAAAAAAAGUCAUAGUAACUGUGACCGUAUGAUUAUUAGCACAUCAGAAAGUGGGGAUUUUUCUAUUUCCUCCUUUCAAAAACAAAUCUGUCUGAAUAAUCUGAACUUUUUUAAAACUUUAAAGAUAUUUUUAAGACAUUUUCAGCUUUUUUUAAAUUAAAAAAAAAUUCACGAGAGACUGUUCCGAACAGGAAUAUUUGUAUUUGAACAAGAUUUUUGGCAUGUAAUUCAGUCUUGCAGUAUACAAGCUUUGUGUAUAAAUGUUUGAUGAUAAGAAUCUCUGUUUGUACUUGGCAGGUUUUUUUUUUCUGUUUUGCUUUUUAGAUAAUAUGUAUAUCGAUAUUUUUAAGUCAUCUUUGCUUUUUUUUUUUUUUAGAGGAGUUUGUAAUCACCUUAUAACAGAUAAAAAUAAACCUUUCCUUUAUAAAUCCAAA